GUUUGGCUACGGGGGUCCCCUGGGACAGGGAAGACCGCGAUCUCUAUGAGUAUCGCAUCCACUCUAGAGCAGCAGGGCGUACUGGCAGCGUCAUAUUUCUGGGACAAGAACCGGAGAGGAUCGGGCUUGGAUUCUAUUGAACAGUUUCCCUCUACCCUUGCCUGCCAACUUGCAUCCUUCAACGAGGACUUCAAAUUGUCGCUCGUCAGACAACUUCGGAAACCGGAUUUGGCCUUGUUUCAGGAAUUACCCCUAGAAAAACAAAUCAAGAGUCUGGUGAUUGAGCCUAUACGUAACCUGAAGGACAUAUUCCCUUCGGGUACGGAUCGUUUCGUCAUCGUUUUGGAUGGUCUCGAUGAGUGC